AUGCUGCUCUUAGAGAAUCACAUCUUGUUAAAACGAAUUAUUGAAUUGGACGCACGUGUGCGUCAGUCUUUGCUAAAAAUUUACCGACAAAUAGCAAGAACAUCUUCGGAAUUUGAAACAAUGAAAUUCGAUAAUAUAGAUUACGCAGCGUGGUGCCAUACCAUCGCCAUGUUAAUAGAAACAAUUGUGAAUAUCUUGGAUUCCACAAUUUGGCGGUCUGUUUCGUUUCUUAUGCAAAUGCACAUUUAUGGAUCACAGAUCAGCUCAAAUGUAAGUCCACGAGUCUUUUAUGUCCUUUCACAAAGAGAAUUACAAGUUAUUCGC